AUGGCCGGGGCUUCCUCCCUGCAGGAUGACAUCCUGGCGUUGGUGAAGAAGCACAGCGACACGUGCCUUCCAGAGGAUUUGCUCGCUCGGGUGUCGGAGGAUGCCAGGCUCCUGGCGGCCAAGAUGAAAAUCAGGUCUCUUCACGAGGAAGACCCGUUUGGACUCUUUUCGGACGGCCGCGACGAGGAGGGAGCGGAGAACGGCGGCGGCGGCGAGGGGGCGAGGAAGGUUCCCUCCACCGAUGAGCUGCCGGACAACGUCCUGCGCAUGCUCGAGGGCAUGAAGAUAAACCGCCUGGACAAGUCGAGUAUCAAGGGCGAGAAGGUGCCUGACUCGUCCAAUCUUGUUCCACGUUCCCAGGUAGCUGCUUUAAACGGUUUCACGACGAUAGACGCUGAGGUGGAGUUCUCGCGAACCGGCACAGAUUCCACCGCUACUGCCGCGGCCAGCGCGGGCACCGAUGGCCCUGCCCUCACGUCUGCUGCUGCAACACGAGGCAAGCCGACGCUGUCCGAGGGAACGGUGGCCGCGGCAGCGCGGGCGGCGGCUGCGGCGGGAGGGAAAGCGACAACAGGCGAAGAAGAUAAAGGAACCUCUUCGGACGAGGACGAUGACGACGACCAUGACGAUGAUGCAGAAUCACCCGUGUUCCUCACCUUCCGCUUCCGGAGAGAGCCUCUGCGGAGCGGCCCCGCCGAACCCUCGCGCGGGGAGGGGGGACGCGCUGUGGGCGGUGGCGACGCCCGCGACCACGACCACCAAGAGGCGGGGGAGGUGAUCGACCUGGCGCUCGACGACGACGAGGACGACGACGAAGAAGAAGAACCUUCGGCGGUGAUAUCGACGACCCCGAAGGGCGACAACGAAGGCGGUUCUUUGUUCGAGAAGAAGGGUUCGGCGACAGCCGUCCCCGCCAAGAUCGCCGCCGGCAAAGACGUCUCCUGCGACGGCGGCGGCGGCGGCGGCGGUGAUAGCCACGGCAAGGAGGGGCGGAAGAGGGCCGGGUCGAGGGGCCGGGAGAGCGAGGAGGGCCGGGGCGGCAACGACAAGGGUAGGAAGCGACCCAAAGGCGGCGAGGAGGAGGAGGUGGGUGAGGAGGAGGAUGAGGGUGCCGAUGACGAGGAGGGAGGGAAGCAGGGGGUGAACGGAGACGCGAAGCAGUGCGAAGAGGACGACGAGGGGCUGGAUUACGAGCCCCGGACGCUGGUGUCGUACUCCAUCAGCGGAGGGAUCGGGUACGACGCGCCGGCAACUCUGCUGCAGGCGUUGGUGUACGCGAGAGGAGACGGCCCUGCCUGCGUGAUGCCCCCCCCCAAACCGAAGAAGGGAGACGACGACGUCGACGACAACGACAACGACGAUGAGGAGGAGGGGGAGGAGGAGGGAGGAAGCGCGUGUAACGACCAAGAGGACGUGUUCGACUGCGACGUGAACGGACCGGCGUUGGCGGCUCUUGGAAGGGCGCUAGGCCUCCACACCGAAGACCCCCCUACGUCGGACUCGGACUCCGACUCCGCUUCCGAUGACGGUGGGGACGUCCGAAUGAAGGACUCAGGCGCGCGACCAUCGGCGUCAGCAAAGGGCCCCGAGAAGGAGCCGGACACUGCAGAUGGCGAGCCUGGGAAGGGGAUUGGGAGCAUGACCCAGUCGGAUCUCGUCUGGUGGCUGCUGCUGUUCCCGUUCUUCGAGAAAGAAUUCGACGUGGUAGAAGUCGUGGCGUCGAGCGUUUUCGGGGAGGACGAUUUGGACGACUCGGACGACGGGGGAGGGGAAGCAAGCGAUCCGGAAGCGUGA